AAUCAAGUGAAACCUAAUUGGCGCGAAAUUUGUUACUUUGUUACCCUUUUCGGUUUCGUGUUUUCUCCCAAUUUCUCUCACUCAAACUCUGCUUCCUAACUGCAAUGGAGCCCUUCCAUGCUGCGAUUCCCUAACUUCUUCGCCGUCAACGUCGGUCGCUCUAACCUCCCUCCGCUUCUUCUAUCCGUUUCAGCCGCCGCCUCUCCGUCGGGGAGCAGAAACCCGCCGCCGCUCCUGAUGGCUUCGCGCGAUUCGAUGGUGGCGGAGUACGCGAAAUCUAACCGCUCGUCGUGCAAGGCGUGCUCCAAAGCCAUCGAAAAAAAGAGUUUGAGGUUGGCUUUGGUCUCCAAGGGCAAUGGUCCAUACGACGUCUUCAAAUGGCACCACCUCCAUUGCUUCCCUGUAGCCUCUCAUUCUCCUUCCUCUCCUCAAGCAAUCAAAGGCUUUUCUUCCUUGAAGAGUAGUGAACAAGAAGCUUUGAUAAAAUUAUUUGCUGAAAAUGGAAAGUCUGAAGAGAAGGUUCAUAAAGCAACAGAAGAUGUAGAAAAUGAACUUCAAGAGGCUGAGGAACAUGAUUCAAAGAGAAGAAAGGUUCAUAAAGCAACAGAAGAUGUAGAAAAUGAACUUGUAGAAAAUGAACUUCAAGAGACUGAGGAACAUGAUUCAAAGAGAAGAAAGUUGUGGACACCUGAUGUUAAAGCUGCGGUGAGCAUUAAAUUUUCAGUUUCUGAUGUCAACAGCAAAUACAAGGAUGCUACCCUUCUACCAAAAUGGAAGGCUUUCCAGACAGUCAUAUUUCUGGAACGGGAUGAUGGUCUGCGUGAUUCAAGUAAAAUUGCUGCAUUUGAUUUUGAUGGAUGUCUUGCAAAAACAGACGUGAAGAGAGUGGGUGCAAAUGAAUGGACCCUCAUGCAUUCGACAAUUCCGGAUAAACUACAGAGCCUAUACAAUGAUGGCUACAAAUUGGUAAUUUUCACCAAUGAAUCCAAUAUUGAACGUUGGAAGAAUAAGAGGCAAGUGGCGGUGGACUCAAAAGUUGGACGUCUGAAUAAUUUUAUUGAGAGAGUGAAGGUUCCAAUUCAGGUUUUUAUAGCUUGUGGGGUUGGUCUGAAAUCAGGAGCAGACAAAAAGAAUGAUGAUGCUUUUCGCAAACCCAAACCAGGGAUGUGGCAUCUUAUGGAGGAGCAUUUCAACUCUGGCAUUGUCAUUGAUAUGGAUCAAUCCUUUUAUGUUGGUGAUGCAGCCGGGAGAAAAUCAGAUCACAGUGAUGCAGAUAUUAAAUUUGCAGAGGCCAUUGGUUUAAAAUUUUAUCUCCCUGAAGACUACUUCGCUUGAGUAUCUAAUCAUUGGUUCAUAUGAAGGUUAAGGUAUUGUGGACUUAGGUGCUUUAUUUUAUAAAAGUUACAUUACCAAAUUGAAGUGUAUGCGACAGAAAGGAUGUAAAUUUAUGGAUAAUGGACUAAUUUGUGGGCAAUCUCAUGUUUUUGUUCUUCAAUCA